UGACAAUCCACCAAUCUUCAACCCACUUCUCAUACCAUACUAAUAACCUUUAUUCGAAACAAGGAUACCUCUUCGCUCGAUUCACAAUAUCAUCCUCGUACUUCUACUCUCUCUCUAUAAUAUCUGUAAUACUGCUUCAGCUCUAGCCUUCCAAGCUAUUGCCUAGACUCGAAACAGGCUAUCUGGCCGCCCUGCAACAUCGCAUCUCACCAUUACCUCAACAAUCCGCCCUCUCGGACCCCCGGUUCUACCUCCAAAAGUUGCCAAAGUACCCUCACAGCAGUCGCCUAUGUCGUGUAUAUAAGUCUCAACUCUCUAAACCCACUUCCGCCGCCGCAUCGUGCUUCCAUGAUAGAUGGCCGCUCCUCAUCAAUAUCACAGGCCUAACUCGCCCGACGAAAGCGACUCAGACCUCGAUCUCGACCUUAACGAACUCGAUCCCGUCUCCUCCUCACACAACAAUGCCUCUCCGCCUCGCCGUCAAUCUAGAGAACAACACCGCAAGCCAUACCAUGAGCUCGGUGCGAGGAUACCGCUUCAGAAUCUAAGGGUUGGGAGACUGAGGGCGUCGCGGAAGAGAAAUGAACCGGAAGAGGAGGAUCUCAGAGGACUGAUGGAUGACGAAGAUCGGGAUAACAGAAACUCGACUGGUAGCUUUGGCCAACCCGCCGACGACGAUGCCCCUCUGUUACCAUCAGGCAAUGCGCGAAGAAGGGGGCAUGAACGAAAACCGAGCGCACUGUCGCGACUCCAAUCUGGCAUACGACUCCCAAGCUUCCUCUCUUCUUCGCGCCAGGAAAAUUCUGGCAUUGCGCUUCCCGAUCAAGGCGGUGACGGGGAAGACUUGGAGGAGGUACAUGACCCUACCACCCAACGCAGCAUCUCCGUCGGCCAUUUGCAGACUGCCCGCUUCCCAGCCAAUGCGGUAUCUAACGCGAAAUAUACACCCUGGAGCUUUUUACCACGGACCCUGUAUAAUGAAUUCUCCUACUUCAUCAAUAUGUACUUCUUGCUCGUCGCUUUAUCGCAGAUUAUACCCCCGUUGCGCAUCGGAUAUCUCUCAACAUACAUUGCGCCUUUGGCGUUUGUCAUUACCAUCACCCUAGGGAAGGAAGCUCUGGACGAUAUUGCUCGACGCCGAAGAGAUGCGGAGGCGAAUUCGGAACCGUACACAGUGCUAAAGUUUGAGGAAAACAGCGUAGGAAAUGGGCUGGCUCCCGGACAGAGUUCAAACAAGAAACGACGUGUGAGAAGAGCAAGAGAAGGCGAAAGUAGCCGGAUGACCGACAUUGAAGAUGAGGAGGCCGCCAUAUCAACCACGAAAGGACUUGCGACGUCGUCAUUUUAUGAGAUCACGAAACCAUCCCGUAAUCUGAAAGUAGGAGAUAUAGUCAAAUUGGGGAAAGACCAGCGUGUGCCUGCAGAUAUGGUCAUAUUGAAGAGCUAUUCCCAGGAAACGACUCUGCCUGCUCCAGCAAACCCAGCCGCAAAUGCGUCCUCCAAUCUCAUCGAGGGUGAGUCGGAGGAGAAUCCCAUGCAGACCGAGAACGCGGCAACCGCAGGCAGUUCUGGAGAAGCUUUCAUUCGAACGGAUCAACUAGACGGUGAGACGGAUUGGAAGUUGCGUCUUACCUCGCCCUUGACUCAAAACCUGGAAGUUGGAGAAUAUACUAGAUUGCGAGUAAUUGCAGGUAAACCAGACAAGAAAGUCAAUGAGUUCUACGGCACUGUCGAGCUACAACCGAAGAAGCAGCGACAAUACGAUCCACAUGAACAGGAUGCCGAAGCUUCGUCCGCUGAUCAAACUCAAUCAUCACCUCUCAGUAUCGACAACACUGUCUGGGCCAACACAGUGCUUGCUUCCAGCUGCAACGUUCUUGCGGUGGUAGUAUACACCGGGCCCCAAACCCGCCAGGCUCUUUCGACCUCGCCAUCUCGAUCCAAGACUGGUCUGCUCGAGCUAGAGAUCAAUGCCUUGACCAAAUUCUUAUGUAUAUUCACCCUCUCACUAUCUUUCAUCCUCGUUGCAUUGGCACGUUUCAAGGUCAUCGACGGUCUUCCGUGGUACGUGUCGAUGAUGCGAUUCUUGAUUCUCUUCUCCACCAUUGUACCAGUGGGUCUCCGUGUCAAUCUUGACAUGGGGAAGUCGGUCUAUGCUUGGUUUAUCGAGCAUGAUCAGAGCAUUCCUGGCACAGUAGUACGAACAAGCACAAUCCCAGAAGAUCUAGGCCGCAUCGAGUACCUCUUGAGCGACAAGACGGGCACGCUCACCCAGAAUGAGAUGGAGAUGAAGAAGAUCCACGUCGGAACUGUCUCCUACGCCAACGAAGCGAUGGACGAGGUCUCGUCAUAUGUGAAGCAAAGUUUUAUGCCUCCCGCUGGCGAACCAUCCACUCUCGUAACGCCAUCUUCCGCAUUCACUGCAUCGCUCACAUCUGGAACUCGCACACGACGCGAGAUUGGUUCACGUGUCCGUGAUGUUGUCCUGGCUUUAGCCCUCUGCCACAAUGUUACACCAACUACCGAAGAAGAAAAUGGAGAAACAGUCACUACAUACCAAGCCUCCUCGCCGGAUGAGAUCGCGAUCGUCCGCUGGACAGAGAACGUCGGCCUUCGAUUAUUGCAGCGUGACCGCGAAUCGAUGUCCCUCCAAUCUUGCGAUGAUGGCAAUACCGUCGUGCGUGUGCGUAUCCUCAAUGUCUUCCCCUUCACCUCAGAAGGAAAGAGGAUGGGUAUUGUGGUGCGCUUCUACCAUGGACCAGCAUCUUCCGCAACAGACGAGGACGGAGAGAUAUGGUUCUACCAAAAGGGUGCUGAUACUGUGAUGAUGUCGAUUGUUGCGGCGAACGACUGGCUCGAGGAAGAGACAGCCAACAUGGCCCGUGAAGGUCUCAGAACCCUCGUGGUGGGCCGCAAAAAGCUUACGGAGCAAACGUACCAGGAGUUCACCACAAAGCACAAUCAGGCUUCGCUUGCUCUACACAAUCGUGACAACGCGGUUGCAGACGUCGUCAAGGAAUAUCUUGAACAUGAUCUCGAGCUUCUCGGUGUCACUGGAGUCGAAGACAAACUGCAGAAAGAUGUCAAGCCCUCGUUGGAACUGCUCCGCAAUGCCGGUAUCAAGAUUUGGAUGUUGACAGGUGACAAGGUCGAAACUGCCCGUUGUGUAGCAGUCAGCUCGAAGCUGGUAGCACGAGGGCAGUAUGUGCAUACCAUCGCAAAGAUGAAACGCAAAGACCUCGCACACGAUUCCCUCGACUUUCUGCGCGGCAAAACAGACGCAUGUCUUCUGAUCGACGGUGAAUCGCUCGCAUUGAUGCUAACCCACUAUCGAGAGCAAUUCAUCUCCAUCGCAGUCCUUCUCCCUACCGUCGUUGCUUGCCGAUGCUCUCCUACCCAGAAGGCGGACGUCGCAAAACUAAUCCGCGAAUACACCAAGAAGCGCGUCUGCUGCAUCGGCGACGGAGGAAACGACGUCUCAAUGAUCCAAGCCGCGGACGUCGGCGUAGGCAUUGUUGGCAAGGAAGGACGACAAGCCUCCCUCGCCGCCGACUUCUCCAUCGAGCAGUUCUGCUACCUCGUCAAGCUCCUCGUCUGGCACGGCCGCAACAGCUACAAGCGCAGCGCCAAACUCAGCCAAUUCGUCAUCCACCGCGGCCUCAUCAUCUCCAUCUGCCAAACCGUCUACAGCAUCGCCACGAAAUUCGCCCCGAUGGCCCUCUACAAAGACUGGCUCCUCGUCGGCUACUCGACCGUCUACACCAUGGCACCCGUCUUCUCCCUCGUCCUCGACCGCGACGUCGACGAAUCCGUCGCCAACCUGUACCCCGAGCUCUACGCGGAGCUCAAGACCGGCCGCUCCCUCUCCUACAAAUCCUUCCUCAUCUGGGUCCUCGUCUCCAUCUACCAAGGCUCCAUGAUCCAAGGCCUCUCCCAGCUCCUCGUCGGCGUCGCCUCCUCCGCAGACGACACCCCGCUCUUCACGAAAAUGGUCGCCGUCUCCUUUACCGUCCUCGUCCUCAACGAACUCGUCAUGGUCGCCAUGGAGGUCGUCACCUGGCAUUGGAUCAUGAUCGCGUCCAUCGUCGGAACCGCGGGUAUCUACUUUGGCUCUGUGCCGUUUUUGGAUGGGUAUUUUGAUCUGGAGUAUGUCAAAAGCGUCGAGUUUUGGUGGAAGUUGGCGGUCGUCGCGGCGAUUAGUCUCGUGCCGCCGUAUGCGGCGAAGAUUCUGGGCAGGACGCUGAGGCCGCCGAGUUAUAGGAAGGUUAGAGGUGUGUGAAAGGGAGGUCUGGGAAGAGUUGGACAUAGUCGGUUGGAUUAGGUUUUCUUUUUACUGUCGGGUGGAUACAUUUUUUGGUGCAUAGCGUAUUUUUUCCAUCUAUCGCUUUCUAUAAACAUCAAGAAUUAAGCAUUUAUUCUCUCUCUAUC